AUGCAGUUCGAGAGCGUGUUGGGAAUGCAGCGCUACCGGCAAGAUAAAUUAAACGCCGAGUGCGAGGGUUACCUGCCAGAGUUUAAAACACCAUUAGCACUUGAGCGCCAUAUUGCACGAGUGUUCACAAUCACUAUUUUUUACGAGUUGCAGAAAGAAAUAGAAGCAGCUUGUUUUGAUUCUUUUGUGGUUGGUUUACGCCACGACGGGGAUAGCACCUAUUAUGACAUUGGAGGUGCGGGCAACAUUACUUCGACCGUACACUACAAGGCGAGUGGUCAAGUGAAGUCAUGCAAUUGCAACUUGUUCCAAAGAAUGGGCCUGGUCUGUCGGCAUAUGUUCGUUGUUUUCCGGGGUGCACAAAUGGAACAGUUACCCCCCGACUACAUUGUGGGCCGUUGGUGCAAACACCUCGACUAUGGUGCAUGUAGGGGCGUACCCCCUAAUGGCGACAGGCCAACGCCCACAGCAACCCAACUAUGUGCCGAGAUAAACACGUGCGUGGGGAUGGUAGGCAAUAGCCUAGAGCGGCAAACGCGGAUGGUCUCGGUUCUGAAGGAUCUUACCAUAGAAUUCACUAGUGACGAUUUAACUGUGAACCAUGUUAAGGGUAACCGCACUGCGAUCCAAGCAUUAUGCGGUGUGGAGCCACCGAAAAGAAUAACGAUCUUAGCCCCCGCCCAAGCGAAGAAUAAAGGUACUGGGAAGCGUAUAAAAAGCAACAGGGAGAUGGCCAUUGAGAAAAGUUCCAAACCCGGAAGAAAGUGUGGAAUUUGUGGGAAAUACGCCCAGCAUAACGCCUGUAGUUGCCCUUCAAAGUAA